AUGGCGGAGCUGCUGUUCUGGGUCAAGCGUCUCUGGGUCUUGCUCCAGGUGGUUGGGCACGUUGUGGUGGGGAAGCUGAUGAAGACCCUUUUCCCAGACAUGAUGAAGAAGCACAUCCUGAGCAUGGGCCAGAAGAGCAGCAUUUUUCAGAACCCCAACUUUAAGUAUGAGAACUGGGGUCCCACGUUCUUCACUGUCCCCUAUUUCCUCUUUGUCCUGAAGGUCCGGUGGCAGCGGCUGGAGGACCAGGCACUACAGGGAGGGCCGGCCCCCAACUGCCCUGUGGUCAGCCUCAAGGGAGAGAGUCACCACAUCUGGGACUUCAUGCACGGCAACAGGCCUUUGGUGUUGAGUUUUGGAAGCUGCACCUGACCCUCAUUUAUCUUCAAAUUUGACCAGUUCCAAAAGAUCAUUGAAGACUUCAGCUCAGUAGCAGAUUUUCUCAUUAUCUACAUUGAAGAAGCUCAUGCCACAGAUGGCUGGGCUUUUGCAAACAAUAUAGACAUUAAAAAGCAUCGCACCCUCCAGGAUCGCAUGGAGGCUGCCCAGCUGUUGAUGGACAGGAAACCACUGUGCCCCAUCGUUGUGGACACCAUGGACAACUUGACCACCAGGAACUAUGCUGCACUCCCAGAGCGCUUUUAUAUUCUUCUGGAAGGCAAGAUCCUCUACAAGGGUGGACCAGGCCCUUGGAGUUACAACCCAGAAGAGGUCCGGUCUGUCUUGGAAACACUGAGCAGAUAAACCAUUGGGAAGUUCUGUACUUCCAGUGACAGAGGUGAUUCAGGCUUCCCACCCUCUAAGCCCCUCAGAUCAUUCAUUCCAAAUAUUCUGGCUGAGCUAAGGGUGGUUGUUUCAGGGAGCCGCUGACUGUUAGUUCCCUGAGAACAGGGCCAGGCCCAACACCACAGAGACAUUAUUAAAGCCUCCCUGACUGGUUCUUUUCUUUUUGUCUUAAAGGAUGCCUGUUCAACUUGUUGUUCAGUGAUGCAUGUUUGUUUAAGAAAAUCUGCUUUCUGGUGUCUCUGCAAGUCAUAGCAGACUCCAUCCAGCUAGGAAAGGAUCCAUUAGACACGUUGUUGUUGUGCAUUUCCAUCCUGCUUCUACAAAUAUUUAUUUAUGAUAGUCACAGCCUAAAGCUCAGGGCAGCUGGGAUUUGAUGUGAGAAAAUGUUUGUAAGAGGCAGUGAGUACACAUGGAAGUGAUUAAAAGUUCCUAAGAAGA